CCAAUCGGUUGGAUUCCUUCAGCCACCUGGUCCAGAGCAGUACCAGAUGCCUCAGUCUCCCUCUCCUUGUAACCCAGCGCAAAUGCAGCAACAAUAUACAGGUGUGCCAGCACCCAGUCAUGGAGUUGUGGUCAUGCAACUGAGUGUGCCUAAUGGCCCUCAGCCUCCUCAACCUCCCUUGUUACCACAGUGGAACCAAUGUAAAUAUUAUAGUGUGGAGCAGCGAGGGCAGAAACCCACUGAACUUUACAGCCCUGACAACCCAACACAGGUCAAUGCCCAACUAAACAGUCCUCUUAACUCUCCAACUCAGUCGCCAACACCAUCUCCAGUGACAAAUGUGACAAAUGUCUGUCCUGCUCUAGCACCACUGCCACUUAUUGCCCAGUUCUCCAGACCUGUGGGUCCAGCACAAGGUGACACUCGUUAUUCCUUACUUGGCCAGCCUUUGCAGUACAACCUUCCUGUAUGCCCACCUCCAGUAAUCCAUGGACAAUGCCAGUAUUCAACUCAUCAGGGUCCAUGCAGUACAAAACACACUAAACGAGGAAAGAAGCCAACCCUGAAAUCAGCGUCUACCGACCUUGGCACAGGUGAUGUUGAAGGUACUAUGCUUUCUGCAAACCAUCAUGGGAGCAUUUCCGGUACAGUUGUCGGGCGAAUUUUGGAGGUAACAGAUCUUCCUGAAGGAAUCACUCGCACUGAAGCAGACAAACUUUUCAGUCAACUUUCAAUGUCUGGUGCCAAAAUCCAGUGGCUGAAAGACUCUCAGCAACGCAGCAGUGGCUCUGGGGACUGUAACAGAGCGACCGAGAACUCAAAGAAUGCCAGUGAUCUAGCUGCACUUUAUACUAUAGUUGCCGUGUUCCCCUCAACCAUGGCAGCUCAAAAUGCAACUAUCAGACUGAAUAAUUCAACAAACAGGUUUAAACUGCGAACAGCCAAGAGGAGCUAUGAUCUUCGCAUUCUAGAAAGAGCCAGUUCCCAGUAGCCAAUGGAUAUCUGAAAAGCCUUUUUUCUUCUCUCCUUUUGAAUGACUGUAUUGGCUUUGUUUUAAGUCAGCAUUGUUCCUGUAGUGUAUUGUUUUGUCCAAAUAUCACUUUAGACAUAAUUAAGGAAAGUUAGUGAUCAGUUGGAAAAAAAAAGUUUGUUUUUCCCUCCCAAACUCCUGUUUUACACAGCCACACAACCCAUGUGUAUUCUUUCUGUUAUAAUUGUGCAAACGUAUUCGAAGCUUAUUUAAGUGACUCAAGCAGUUGACUGUGUAUAGUCACGACAAAUUUUAUUUAACCUGUUUUUUUGAUUUUAAAUAUAAAAGUUUGUCUGCCAGUCCAGACUCUCAAUA